CUAUACCAAGAAAACCUAAAGAUAACGGAGGGUAAAAGUGCCCUAUUUCCGAUAGUUCAGGAGUAUUUUUGGCCCUUUUUCGUAAUUUUUUUUUUAUCCAUUUCUUCUUUUCAUUGUAAAUGGAUAAUUAUUCUGCAUGUAAUAAGGGUUUUUCUUAUAGUACAAAUUACUCAGAAGAAAAUCCAGAGGAGAGUAGUUGGACAUUCUAUUUACAAGAUUUCAUGUCCAACAAUAAUGAACAAAUUACUUCUUCAUAUUCUGGCUUUGAAAAUAAUUCCCUUUUUUCUGAUGCUGCUUCUUUAGCACCUUAUGAACUUACCAAUAAUAGAAAUGGUGCUAUAGAUAUUAAUGAAAAUAAUAAGAAUUUUGGUUCCAAAAAGAGAAAGAUGAAAAGAGCAGCAGCAGCAGCAGUUGAUGAUGAUCUUGAAGAUACUGCUAGUUCACCUGUCAAUAGCCCCAAGGUUUCUUAUAUGGAUCAGUUGUGCAUUAGUCAGAAAGGGAAGAGCACUUCCAGUAUUUUUGAGGGAAAGGGAAAUACCAGUGGCCAGAUGAUGAUGACUAGUGGAUUGAAUGUUUCUACAAAGGAAAAUGACUGUACAGAACUAAAGAAAAAAGGAUUAUGUUUAGUACCUGUAUCAAUGUUUACAAAAUAUAACAUGGAUUAGAUUUGUACUGCGCCGCGCAUAAACAAUAACAACUAUGCCUCAAUUUUAAACACGUUGGGUCGAUAUAAAUGUACAUAUUUUUCUAUUAAUUCUACAUAUAUAUAUAUAUAUAUACAUGGACAUAAACUGAUGUA